AACUGGGCUUCCGGACGCCUAGACUGAUUGCACAGCUGCCGCCGAAUUUAAAGAGACAGUCGAUAGUUUAUUAAAAUAACAUAAUCAGCGACCAUUGUCUCAAGGGUUAUUUUCCGAAUCUUCAGUCUGCCGUUGCUCAUCUUUAGUCAAAAUUGUAAUCAAUAAUGGCAUUCAAUCAAAGUCGCAUCGAGUAGUGCCCGGCUUGUCAUUAGGCUACACUCGGCUGGAUUUUCCCUGUGCUGCGGACUGCUGGCUAGUCAACUAAAGGUUGCUAGCAGCAAGGGAGCUUGACUAUCCGACGAAGAGCAAGAUUUGUCGGCCAGCCAACACCAGAUAUACCGAGCUUACAGCUAAUCAACUUGCGGUGGCUUUCAAGCCUCCUACCGCCGGGAUAAUGGCGAAGAUUCAGACCCACAGCAACACGAAACCAAUAAACCAAAUUCAAGACAAGGCCUAUGUUGUUCAAAAACAAGUACAACAACAACACUUUCAAAAACUGAAGGUGGAAGAUGCCCUAUCAUACCUGGACCAAGUCAAAAUACGGUUCGGAAAUGACCCGGGAAUAUACAACAAAUUCCUGGACAUAAUGAAGGAAUUCAAAUCUCAAAGCAUCGACACUCCAGGCGUUAUAAACCGAGUGUCGCAGCUCUUCCACGGACACCCAGACUUGGUUUUGGGAUUCAAUGCCUUCCUGCCCCCGGGGUAUCGGAUAGAAAUACCCAAGAAUGGAAUGGUCUACCUGCAGUCUCCCUUCUCUGCCCAGGUGUCCCCAGGCCAGGGUAAGAACAUGCCCAUUGCCGUGGGCAGCGUGUCCACUAGUGCCUCUGCUGCCCCGGAGGCCGGCCCUGCCCCCAGCGAGGCCGUGGCCUCCCCAGAGAGCCUCUCCUCGUCCUCGGGGCCCCUGGAGGCACCCAGCAGACUGUCGCUGCCCCUGCCCAGCAGGGAGAGCCAGGCCCAGCCACCCUCCUCCUCCGUGUCCCCUCCGGCCUCCGAGCCCAGCCCCGUGGAGUUUGACAGCGCCAUCAGCUACGUCAACAAGAUCAAGAACCGCUUCCUGGACCAUCCCGAGAUCUACAGGGCCUUCCUGGAGAUCCUGCACACCUACCAGAAGGAGCAGUUGGAGGUAAGGGACAGUCGCGGGCGCGGAAGCAGUGGGAUGACGGAGGACGAGGUGUUCUCCAAGGUGGCCAGCCUCUUCAAGGGCCAGGAGGACCUGCUGGCUGAGUUCGGACAGUUCCUGCCCGACGCCAAGAGAUCACUGUUCACAGGCAGCUCUCUCACAGGGAAAGACCCCCUGAAGAGGCCUGAAGAGGACGACCUGAGCAAGCAGAGCAAGAAGAGACCCAGGCCCAUGCUUCUGCCGCACAUGACCCCCCUGCUCAAGAAAAAAAUGAAGUUCUCAUGUUCCAAAGACCAGUCCUUUGCCGCGGUUGGAAAGCAUGGAGUCCUGAGAGAAUUCACCUUCUUUGAUAAGGUUCGCCGCCUGUUCAAGAGCCAGGAAGUGUACGAGAACUUCCUGCGCUGCAUCGCCCUGUUCAACCAGGAGGUGGUGUCAGGAUCAGAGCUGCUCCAGCUUGUCACUCCCUUCCUGGGGAAGUUCCCAGAGCUGUACAGCCAGUUCAAGUCGUUCCUGGGGGACAAGGAGCUGUCCCACGUGCUUCCAGGGCUAGCCGACCGCUACAUGGAGGGGGGCGGGGGCCGCGAGGUGGACUAUGCCUCCUGCAAGCGCCUGGGCUCCAGCUACAGGGCUCUGCCCAAGACCUACCAGCAGCCCAAGUGCAGCGGACGCACCGCCAUCUGCAAGGAGGUGCUGAACGACACGUGGGUCUCUUUCCCCUCCUGGUCCGAGGACUCGACCUUCGUCAGCUCCAAGAAGACCCCGUACGAGGAGCAGCUGCACCGCUGCGAGGACGAGAGGUUUGAGCUGGAUGUUGUCUUGGAGACCAACCUGGCCACCAUCCGGGUUCUGGAGAGCGUCCAGAAGAAGCUGUCCCGCCUGUCGCCGGAGGACCAGGACCGCUUCCGGCUGGACGACUGCCUGGGCGGCACCUCCGAGGUCAUCCAGCGCCGGGCUGUGUACCGUAUCUAUGGCGACAAGGCCCCGGAGAUCAUCGAGGGUCUGAAGAGAAGCCCGGCAACUGCCGUGCCUGUAGUGCUGAAGAGAUUGAAAGCCAAGGAGGAGGAGUGGAGAGAGGCCCAGCAGGGCUUCAACAAGAUCUGGAGGGAGCAGUAUGAGAAGGCCUACCUCAAGUCUCUGGACCACCAGGGGGUCAACUUCAAACAGAACGACAUGAAGGCCCUGCGCUCCAAGAGCCUGCUCAACGAGAUCGAGAGCGUCUAUGACGAGCGCCAGGAGCAGAGCACGGAGGAGGGCGGCGUGGGUCAGCAGGGGCGUGACGGCACGGGCAGCGGUGGCACGGGCUCGUCCUCGCUGCCCAGCGAGCCCCACAUGGUGUUCACCUACGACGACAAGCAGAUCCUGGAGGACGCGGCGGCGCUCAUCAUCUACCACGUCAAGCGGCAGCCCGCCAUCCACAAGGACGACAAGGACCACAUUAAGCGCAUCGUGCAGCACUUUGUCCCCGACCUGUUCUUCUCGCGCCGCGGCGAGCUCAGCGACACCGAGGACUGGACGGACGAGGAGGCAGAGCCCGAGGACCACGGCGAGCGAGGGGAGGGCGGAGCCAGCGCGGGGAGCGGAGGCGGGAGCAGCAACAGUAGCAGCACGGCCGGAGCCACGGCAACCACCGGAAAUCAACAACAACAGCAGCAGCCGCCGCCGCAGGGCCCGCCCCAGGGCCAGCCCCAGCAGCUGAACGGAGAGUCCAGGAGAAGGCGCUGCAGCCCUCCUCAGCCCGCCGCCAACGCCGACACAGACUCCGCCUCCCAGGGGGCGGGUCCUCCCACCAACCCCGGCCCCGCCCCCCAGGAGGGCGUGGCUGAGAAGGUGGACCUGCGCGACCCCGAGGCGGAGCACCAGAAGGAGAUGGACGGCGUUUACAACCUGCUGUUCGUCAACAACAACUGGUACUUCUUCCUGCGGCUGCACCAGACGCUGUGCUCCCGGCUGCUGCGCGUGUACCGGCAGGCGGAGCGGCAGCUGCUGGAGCACCGGGCGGAGCAGAGCCAGGAGAGGCUGCUGAUGGCGGAGGGGAGGAGGGACAAGGCCAGCGACCUGGCCAUGGAGCUCAGACUCAAACAGCCCAGUGAGGUGGAGCUGGAGGAGUACUACCCUGCCUUCCUGGACAUGGUGCGCAGCUUGCUGGAUGGGAACCUGGAGUCCACCCAGUACGAGGACACUCUGAGAGAGAUGUUCACCAUCCACGCCUACAUCGGCUUCACCAUCGACAAGCUCAUCCACAACAUCAUCCGACAGCUGCAGCACCUGGUCAGUGACGAGGUGUGUCUGCAGGUGGCUGAGCUCUACCUGGCGGAGAGGAAGAGGGGGGCGGCGGGUGGAAACCUGUCCUCCCAGUGUGUGAGGGCCGCCUGGGAGACCAGCUACCAGUGGAAGGCCGAGCGGGUGAUGGCCGAGGAGAACUGCUUCAAGGUGAUGUUUAUCCAGAACAAGGGUCAGGUGACCCUGACCAUUGAGCUUCUGGACACAGAGGAGGCUCAAGCUGACGACCCGCUGGACGUCCAGUGUUUGUCCAGCUACAUGGAGCAGUUUGUGGGGACAGACUCGACCCUGUGCUCCGGAGGAGAGGGCUACUUCUUCAAACCAGUCUUCCUUCCCAGGAACCUGCGUCGGUUCCGCCGCUGGCAGGUUCGCCAGGUGGAGGCGAUGCGCUGCAGGAGGGAGUGGCAGAGGCAGCUGGGCGUGGAGAGUGCCGGCAGUCUGGAGUGCCGCUUCAAGCUCAACACCCACAAGAUGGUGUUCGUCAUGAACUCUGAGGACUACAUGUACCGCCGGGGCGCGCUGGUCAAGGCCCGCAAGUCUCAGCACAGAGUGGCCGUGAAGCAGCACGAGCGCUUCAACAAGUGGCACCAGGGCUGGCUGGCCAAUCAUGUGAGCGCGUUGGCUGAUCGCUCGGUCCAGGAUUGGCUGCUGGGCGAGGCGGAGGAGGACAUGAUACCCUGCAAGACCAGCUGCCUGUCCACACAGAUCAAGGGUCAGCCGGUCAACAGAUACCAGGUUCACUACAGCGGCAGUAAGCCCCCCGCCUCACCGUAGACACGGAUACACACACACACACACACAAGCACUCUCUCUUUCUCUCUCUCUCUCACACACACACAUAUACACACUCACAAGCUGCAGUCUGAUUGAGCUGUUGAAGGCCUGUUUGGCCGCUAGGUGGCAGAGACAUGUUAACACAGACACACCGCCCCCUAGUGGUGGUCAGACAUGAUGGAAGGUGGUCCUACAGGAAGGAGGCCUGAUCGCCGACAAAUAGGAGAUUCGCAAAUAAUUUGUUUCAGAAAUGUGAAUGUCUCUUCUUAUUGUUUUUUUUUUUCUUUUGUCUUUUAAACAAAAAAAAAAAAAAACAAAAAAAAAAAGUCAGUCGUAGUUUUUACUAGCUUUUGAAGCCAGAGCGCCUUCCGUUUGACGUGUUUAUACUGAGAUGUCCAGAUCGCCACUACCGUCUUUUGUACAGUACAGCCCGGCUCUAGGAACUGUGUGUGUAUGCAUAUAUGUACACAGCAAGUAAAGACGGUAUUUUAAAUACGUACCUACGGAGGUGAAUAUAAGGAGAAACUCAACUGUAAGACGAUGAUCCUCGCAGCCAACUCUUUUUGAUGUUUGUUUUUUUUCUGUGUUAUUUUGUUGAUUUUCGUUUUUAUUUUUUGUCUCGUGACUUAUCUAAACAAAUGAUCGCCAGGGGCACUUGUGGUCCUCACAGUUGAUUGAAAUUUGUUAAUUUUAUGAACCAUCAGAAUUAUGUACCAUAUUCAUAAUUUCACCAAAUCUUUUUUUGGUCUCUUGUCUUUUUUGCAUACUGAAAUUGAAAAUAAAAACAAAAUAUCAGUGUUAAAAAAAAAAGAAUGUAUAACAUUUAUCCUGUAUCAGUUAUCAUGAUGAAAUAAACAACCUAGUUGUGAACUUCUUAAAAA